UACUACCCGAUGCAGCCCAACGAGCUGCAGAGCUACGUCCGGUUCAUGAACGAGAACCUCUUCGACCACAUCGAUAUCGAUCAAGCGAACGUCAACAUCCCCGACGGUACGCUCCCCGAAGAAGAGGUGCUCGCCCACUGCGCGGCGUACGAGCAGAAGAUCGUGGAUCUCGGCGGCGUCGAUAUACAGGUCCUCGGCAUCGGCCGCACGGGCCACAUCGGUUUCAACGAGCCGGGUUCCGGCCGUGAGAGCCGCACCCGUAUGAUCACGCUCGACAAGAAGACGCGCCAAGACGCGGCGAGCGACUUCUUCGGCGAGGACUACGUGCCGCGUCGCGCGAUUACGAUGGGUGUCGGCACGAUCCUCGAAGCGCGGCAGGUCUACAUGCUCGCCUUCGGUGAAGGGAAGGCGAAGGUCGUCGCCGAGGCGAUCGAAGGUCCCGUGACGCCGAUCGUCGCGGCGAGCUUCCUGCAAGAGCACGACAACGCGGUGGCGGUCCUCGACGAAGCCGCUGCCGACCGGCUAACACGCUACCAAGCGCCGUGGCUGCUGGGGCCGCUCUCCUCGGGCCCCGGCGGCGUCUUCGAGUGGAACGACUACUGGACCCGCAAGGCCGUCAUCUGGCUGGCACGGAAGCUCAACAAGCCGAUCCUCAAGCUCACCGAAGAGGACUACAACGAGGACGGCCUGCAAGAGCUGCUCGCCAAGAAGGGCCGCGCCUACGACAUCAACCUGCAA